AAGUUAUGAUAAUUCUUGGCAAAUUUAAGAGUUCUGCAUCUUCAAGCAAAGGAGGAGGAGAAGAAGAAGCCAUGAGCAACCCUCGCCGCCAUCCUUCAACCUUGUGUCGUAUCUCUUGAGGAGCGUUGCUUUCAAGAUCUUCAAGGUUCAACGUUUUCAAUUAUUGGACACAGGUUUCAGAAUGAAGAAAGAUGACAGCUGCAUCAUGCAACUCAUUAAUGCCAAGGGCGAAUUCAAUGCUUCCGGGCUCGACAACUUUGUCAAGGAAGUGAAGCUUGAUAGUUGCGGGGUCUUCUAUAACAUAGUUUCCAUUAUGGGCCCUCAAGGCGGCGGGAAGAGCACUUUACUGAACCAACUUUUCGGCACGAAGUUCAGGGUAAUGGACUCACAUAGGAGGACACAAACAACAAAGGGCGUUUGGAUUGCCAAAUGUGUUGGAAUUAAGGAUUGCACGGUUGCCAUGGAUUUGGAGGGUACCGAUAGCGAGGAGAGAGGCCAGGAUGAUACUUCUUUCGAGAAACAAGUUGUCCUAUUUGCGCUGGCAGUUUCUGACAUUUUGCUCAUAAAUAUGUGCUACAAAGAAAUUGGUCGGGAGCAUGCAGCAAACAAACCUUUACUAAGAACAGUAUUUCAAGUCAUGAUGCAGAUAAACAUCCCCAAACGUAAAAAGACGUUACUGUUUGUUAUACGUGAUGCUGAUACAUCAGAGAACCACCGAGUAGCCCUUAAAGAUCAAUUAUUGGACAAUAUACAGAAGAUAUGGGCUGAAGUUCAGAAGCAUGCGGGGACUCAACUCAAUGACAUUUUUGUGGUAGAAGUAGUUGCUUUGUCCCAUUAUCGAUAUGAAAAGGACACGUUUAACAAGGAGGUUGAUGAACUGAGACUUGGAAAAGCGAUGUCUAUGGCUGGUAAUAGAGAGGGUGUCAUCCCUGGCGACGCAUUCUCUUUCAGUUCACAGAAAAUUUGGGAAGAAAUAAAAACGAACAAGGAGCUGAAUCUUCCUUCUAUCAAGGUUCUGGCAGCCAACUUUAUGUGUGAAAACAUGGCCAAGAAAAAAUUCAAUCAGUUGAUCUCUAGUAAGGAUUGGUUGGACCUGGUAGAAGCUGUCAAAAAUGGUCCUGUAGAAGGUUCGGGUGAACGUCUCAGCUCAAUUCUAGACACCCAUCUUUCUGGCUAUGACGAGGAGGCCAAGUACUAUGACAAAGGUGUGAGGGACUCAAAACGACAUGACCUACUGGAGCAAACCGCAUUGGAUUUUGUGCUCCCGGCAUACACUACCAUGCUCCGCCGCCUGCAUUCUAGAACACUUGAGAAUUUUAAAGUAGAACUGAAGCAGUCAUUAAACAAUUCUGGAGAAGGAUCUACUUCAUCUGUUAGUACCUGCAUCAACUCUUCCAUGCAAAAGUUUGACCAAGGAUGUAAAGAAACUGCCAUGCAACGGGCCAAUUGGGAUUCUUCAAGCACUCGAAAAAACCUUCAGUUGGAAAUUAAUGAACAUGUUGACUUUCUGAGAAGAGAGCUGAUAAUCAACUCUAAAGAACAACUUUCUGAAUCUAUAUCUGCAAGUGCUCGGCGCCUACUUGAAGAUGGCGGACAAGACACCUGGAUCGAAAUAAGAAAGCUUUUUAAUCAUGAGACUGAAGCUGCAGUAAAAAAAUUAUCAACUGCACUUGCUCGUUUUGAGUUGGACAAAGUAACAAUUCACGAUAAGGUGCAAGAAUUGCGCGUGCAUGCAAGAGAAGCGGUGGUGAAACAAGCAAAAAGAGAGGCUGUCGAUGUCAAACUUCUGAGCGACAUGAAAGAACAGUUUGAAAAUUACUUCAAAAAACACAGCGACUCAAAUCUUGAAUUUUGGAAGGGUAAAGAAAACAUUGGAAAAAAUGCCAUGGAUGCCCACAAAAAUUGUCUUAAGCUUUUAUCGGUUAGGGCUGCCAUUCGCUUGGACGCUGAGAAGCCAGAUAGUAUUGAAAAUGCUCUCAUUUCUUCUCUAAUGGGUGAAAAUGGAGAGUCUACAAAUUCACUUACCUCAAGUGAAUGGUUGGAGUUUUCUUCGGACGAUACAAUAAUUAAACCACCGCACUGUAAGGAGUUGUGGAAGAAGUUCGAAGAACAGACGAAGGAGAUUGUCGAGCAAGCUACUUUAGCCUGGGUAUGUAAACCACCGUUCGAGGAAGACUGCAAAAGUUGCUAAAGCUGUUGGGAAAAUUGCUCUUGAACUGACCGGCGUCACGCUUCAGAUGGUUGGGAUCCAAGCACACAUAGCUGGCAUGCUAUGGCAAAACUAGUCUUUUAUGACACACAAUGUGCGUCAUAAAAGACAACUCUACGGCACAAAGAAGCGUGUCGUAAAAGACCAUGUCGUAAAAGACAAAUUUCUCUUGUGGCACACAAAAUGUACGCCGUAAAAAACAUUUUUUGCGCGUCGUAAAACACUAUUUUGUGCGCCGUUAAAGAUGUUUUACAACUUUGAUUGCGUGUCGUAAAAGACCCUUUUGUGUGUCUUAAAAGGCUUUUUUGCGUGCCGUAAAAGACCAUUUUGCGUGUCAUAAAAAAUGUCUUCAUUCACUCUCCUAAUAGACAA